CAAUAAAUCAGGUGAAGUAGAUAUGUUCAAGAAUCAAUUGCAAGAACUGGCACAAAGAAGCUGUUUUAACCUCCCUUCUUAUACCUGCAUCAGAGAAGGACCUGAUCAUGCACCCAGGUUUAAAGCUUCAGUGAACUUCAAUGGCGAGAUCUUCGAGAGCCCGAACUUCUGCCCUACAUUGAGACAAGCUGAGCACUCUGCUGCCGAGGCAGCUCUCAAUGUCCUGUCCGUAAGAGGCCUUUCAAGGUCUCUCACUGCAAGAGUUCUCGAUGAGACCGGAGUUUACAAGAAUCUCCUUCAGGAAACUGCUCAUAGAGCAGGGCUUAAACUCCCUGUAUACAUCACUGUAAGAUCAGGACCCGGACAUAGCCCGAUCUUCUCUUGCAUCGUGGAACUUGCUGGCAUGAACUUCACCGGUGAGCCGGCGAAAACCAAGAAACAGGCUGAGAAGAAUGCUGCGAUUGCAGCCUGGUCUGCCUUGAAAACAAUGCCAAACUUGGAUUCAUGGACGAAAGAAGACAGCAAACAGUUUAGGAGGAGGGAUCAUAAUAACCGAGCAAAAAGAAGAAUGGUCAAUGGCAACAACAAUGAUAUAAUCAGCCUUCCAUCUUCUUCCACCUCUGCAGGUAAAUCUCUAAAUCAUAAAAAAUGGAGGGUUAUGGAUGUCUUGAUGGAUAGUUCAGCACAAAAACGGAACGGCUUUCUAUCUCUACUUCCUCCACCCCCACCCAGAACAGCUUCAAAGAUCUUGCCACCAACUUCAUCCAACUAUUCAUGUAAUCGAGCCGGUCCAAUACAAAUCAGGGGUAAACCAGAAAUGAAACUGGUUCCUCCACUUGAACAGCAUCUAAAAGAUGAAGACCAAUGGCCUGGUUCCAAACACGAACAUGUCAUCAAUAAAUCCAUUGAGAAGGAAGGUUCAAGUAGUGAGCUUAUCAGCAGAAUUUGUGGGUCUCCAUAUCCGUCUCAAAUGGCACCGGCAAUGGCCCGGAACAUGUACACAGGAGGGUUUAACCCACAUAAGAUUGCCCCGGCUGUUAAAAUGAGAUCAAUAAUCCCAGUUUGUGCAGCUCCACCACCAGCAAACAGAACACAUGAAAUAGCAGCUACCCCAUCAACAAGCCCAAAUACCAUGCAAAUAGGACCAGCAGAGGUGCCAUCAUCAUCAGCCAGCUCAGUCAUGUUCAACAAGUCAGGGCCAAACUCAUACCAACUCAGUUCAGAGUUGAUGAAACUACAAUUAACAAAGUAAAACCCAAUGAGCUUAUGCUUGUAAUAUCAAGUUAUUAUGGUGCUUUUUUAUUAUUAUUUCUUGUCCU